GGAGGGAGGCAGCGAAGGUGGCACGGGGGUGGCUGGGUUUGUGCCUCCCUUGGACGGGCAGCGGCUGCCCCUUCCCCAGCCCCGGUCAUUGCCCCAGUGCAGCGUCAGCCUGGGAGGCAGCAGGGACGCCGCUCUAGAUGGGAUAAGCUGUAAACAUGUUCAGCUUUGAAGGGGAUUUCAAAACCAGGCCCAAGGUGUCUCUUGGAGGAGCGAGUAGGAAGGAAGAAAAGGCUUCUCUUCUGCAUCGUACCCAGGAAGAAAGGCGUAAACGAGAGGAAGAAAGACGAAGGCUGAAAAAUGCAAUAAUCAUCCAGUCCUUCGUACGGGGGUACAGAGCCAGAAAGUAUCAAUACUCCAUCCAAAGAAGUGAAUUUGAUCGCUGUGCUAAUCUGGCACAAUCUGGAGGAACUGUCUCCAUUACCAGUGGAACUAAUCUGACCCUUUUAGUGCGUCAACUUCUGUUUUUUUAUAGACAGAAAGAGGAUUCUAAGCGUUUGAUAUGGAUGUGUCAGAACUUAAUUAAACAAAGUUCUCAGUUCGUUAAGCAGCUGGAUGGUCCUGACAGACUUACUUGCUUAUUCCAAAUAAAAAGACUGUUGGGCCUAUGUUGCAGGUUACUGCAAAACUGCAACGAUGACAGUCUGAAUGUUGCACUUCCUAUGAGAAUGCUUGAGGUAUUUUCAUCUGAGAAUACGUAUUUACCUGUUUUACAAGAUGCCAACUAUGUGGCAUCAGUAUUUGAACAAAUUUUGCACUACAUGGUUCAAAAAGGAUACUACAGGUCGCUUUAUUUGUUAAUUAAUAACAAGCUUCCAUCGAGUAUUGAAUAUUCUGAUGUCUCUCGAGUUCCUAUUGCAAAAAUACUGCUAGAGAAUGUUCUGAAACCAUUGCACUUUACAUAUAGCUCCUGUCCAGAGGGUGCAAGGCAACAGAUUUUUGCUGCCUUCACAGAGGAGUUUCUGGCAGCACCUUUUACAGAUCAGAUAUUCCAUUUCAUCAUUCCAGCGCUUGCAGAUGUGCAAACACUUUUCCCUUAUGAACUCUUCCUGAAUGCACUAUUAACAGAAAGCAGGCGUUCAAGAAAAAGUGAUAGAGCUCCAUGGCUGUUUUACUUUGUUUUAACAGUUGGUGAAACAUAUUUGGGAUCCCUUUCAGAGGAAGGGCUACUUGUGUACUUAAGGGUACUCCAAACAUUUCUUUCUCAGUUACCUGUGUCUGCUGCUGGUGCAAAUUGUCAAGAUGCAACCAGUGAUUCUGAAGAUGAGGAUGAAGAAAUCAGUAAGAUGAUGACCAUACCUGGUGAUGGGAGAAUAUCAGUACAAUAUAUAACUGAGGAGUGUCUAAAGAAACUGGAUACAAAACAGCAGACAAACACUCUACUGAAUAUGGUCUGGAGAGAUUCAGCUAGUGAAGAAGUCUUCACGCUGAUGGCAUCAAUCUGCCACACACUAAUGGUGCAACACCGAAUGAUGGUGCCAAAAGUCAGGCUUCUUUACAGUUUAGCAUUUAAUGCCAGGUUCCUGAGGCAUCUUUGGUAUCUAAUCUCUUCAAUGACUACACGAAUGAUUACAGGGUCUAUGGUCCCACUGCUUCAAGUAAUAUCAAGGGGAUCUCCAAUGUCUUUAGAAGAUUCCAGUCGGAUCAUUCCACUCUUCUACCUUUUUAGUUCUUUGUUUAGUCAUUCACUUAUUUCUAUACAUGAUAAUGAAUUCUUUGGUGACCCUAUAGAAGGUCAAAGACAAUCAUCAAUGAUGCCUUUUACACUAGACGAGCUGGUAAUAUUAUCACACUGCCUUCGAGAUGCAUGUUUAGGAAUCAUCAAGUUGGCUUACCCAGAAACAAAGCCAGAAGUUCGUGAGGAAUAUAUUGCAGCAUUUAGAAGUGUUGGAGUUACAACAAAUACAGAAAUGCAGCAAUGUAUACAAACGGAACAAAAACGAUGGAUUCAGCUGUUUAAGGUCAUCACUAAUUUAGUGAAAAUGUUGAAAUCUAGAGACACAAGAAGAAAUUUCUGUCCACCAAAUCACUGGCUGUCAGAACAAGAAAACAUUAAAGCCGAUAAGGUUACACAGCUUUAUGUGCCAUCAGCCAGACAUGUUUGGAGAGUCAGAAGAAUGGGAAGAAUAGGACCACUGCAGUCUACUUUGGAUGUGGGUUUGGAGCCAGCACCUCUUUCUGUGUCCGAGGAGCGACAACUUGCAAUUCUGACGGAGCUACCUUUUGUAGUUCCUUUUGAGGAAAGAGUAAAGAUCUUUCAAAGACUGAUUUAUGCAGAUAAACAGGAAGUUCAAGGAGAUGGUCCAUUUCUGGAUGGAAUUAAUGUCACUAUCCGAAGAAAUUAUAUUUAUGAAGAUGCUUAUGACAAACUUUCCCCUGAAAAUGAACCUGAUCUGAAAAAGCGAAUUCGUGUUCAUUUACUUAACGCACAUGGCCUGGAUGAAGCUGGUAUUGAUGGUGGUGGAAUUUUUAGAGAAUUUCUGAAUGAACUGCUUAAAUCAGGAUUUAACCCUAACCAGGGAUUUUUUAAGACCACUAAUGAAGGACUUCUUUACCCCAACCCUGCUGCACAGAUGCUCGUUGGAGAUUCUUAUGCCAGACACUAUUACUUCCUAGGAAGGAUGCUUGGAAAGGCACUGUAUGAAAAUAUGCUGGUAGAGCUGCCAUUUGCUAGUUUUUUCCUCUCAAAGUUGCUGGGGACAAGUGCUGAUGUGGACAUUCAUCAUCUUGCUUCAUUAGAUCCAGAAAUGUACAAAAAUUUGCUUUUUCUCAAGAGCUACGAAGGGGAUGUAGAAGAACUUGGGCUAAACUUUACUGUGGUGAAUAAUGACCUUGGGGAGGCACAGGUGGUUGAACUGAAGCCAGGUGGAAAGGAUAUUCCUGUCACCAGCGCAAACAGAAUAGCCUACAUCCAUCUUGUAGCAGACUACAGACUAAACAAACAGAUUAGACAACAUUGCCUUGCAUUCCGACAGGGUCUUGCCAAUGUUGUUAACCUUGAAUGUCUUAGGAUGUUUGAUCAGCAAGAAAUACAGGUUUUGAUUUCUGGUGCCCAGGUUCCCAUUAGUCUGGAUGACCUUAAAUCCUUCACAAACUAUUCAGGUGGAUACACUGCAGACCAUCCUGUAAUAAAAAUAUUUUGGAGAGUUGUGGAAAGCUUCACUGAUGAAGAGAAACGCAAACUACUCAAGUUCGUAACAAGCUGUUCUCGACCUCCUCUGUUGGGUUUUAAGGAGUUAUAUCCUGCAUUUUGCAUUCACAAUGGAGGAUCUGACCUAGACAGGCUACCCACUGCCAGUACCUGCAUGAACUUGCUGAAACUUCCUGAGUUUUAUGAUGAAAACCUUAUGCGGAGCAAACUUCUUUACGCCAUUGAAUGUGCUGCUGGAUUUGAGCUGAGCUGAGUUGAACUGAGGUUUAAACAGAAGCUCUGCAGAGGAACUAACCAGUGCCUACUCCAUAAGCAGCACCCGUACCCAAGCAGAUGAAGGGAACUCAGUCUAGGUUUCUGCAGCUCUCAUUUCUUAUCAGAUACCCUCAAAUAGGUUUCAUUUUUAAAUACACAAUUUGUUAGUUAAGUGUCAUUAAACUUACAUUGGCACUGCUUUAUUAUGACUCAAAAUAAUGAAUGCUGUGUGCAGUGUGGUUGGGGUUUGUGUUUAUGCCAAGCAAGAGCACAUUUAACGAACAGUGACAUCUCAGUGAAAUUAACCAAAGAUGAAGCUUUGGCUUUGUGCUGUUCAAAUAUAAAUAAUUCUACAAGCUGGCAAUAAAGUUGUGUGUAGUGCAGCACGUUGGGAUAAGAGAGGUCUUAACAUCCUGUUAUAAAUCUUUAGAGGGAAGUAGAUGUUUGCAGAUAUCCCAGAACUGAGAGAUUGAAAACGCUUGUUACUGAUAACCCCACAUCUUUUCUCAUGUGGUAGAAUUGUUUACAAAACUUAGUUGUUGCAAUUAAAACAGAAUGGAUUUGUUUUAAACUACCAUCUCUUGAGCU